AUGCCAUUCCCACCCCUGGGAUCUGGCAACUGGGAGGAGAGUGACCCAGACUGGUGCAAUGGGAAACGGCACAGCUGGGCGUUGCUGGUGAUUCCCGGUGCACGGGGUGCGGAGGAGCCUGCCGCCGCCUUCCGCCCCCCCCCCGGCCCGGGGCCCGGCCCCCUGCCGGCCCUCUCCCCGCCCGCCGUGUACCCGCUGCCGGCCCUGGGGGGCCAGCACCCCGCUUUCGCCUACACCGGCAUCCCCCACCUGCCGCCGCCCGGCGCGGAGCACCUGAAGGCGGCCGUGGCCGGCUCCUUCCCGCUGGAGCACUGGAUCCGAGCCGGGAUGCUGGUGCCGAGGCUCUCCGACUUCCACGCCGCCCCGCAGUCUGGCUUGAUGGGGAAGUGCCGUCGGCCCCGCACAGCCUUCACCAGCCAGCAGCUCCUGGAGCUGGAGAACCAGUUCAAGCUCAACAAGUACCUGUCCAGACCCAAGCGGUUUGAGGUGGCCACGUCACUGAUGCUCACCGAGACGCAGGUGAAGAUCUGGUUCCAGAACCGCCGCAUGAAGUGGAAGCGGAGCCGCAAAGCCAAGGAGCAGGGGGCUCAGGCGGAGGCCGAGAAGCAACGAGGGCUCAGCAAAGCCUGCGAGAAGCUGCUGCCCGGUGAGCCCCGAGGACAAGCUGCCGAAAGCCCCGAGUUCAUGGGGCGCAGCCCUGGCUCGGGCUUCCUGCACCGCAGCACCGCCGAGCUGGGCUACGGCCCAGACUCCUCCUGCUCGGGGGGCGAGGAGGAAGAAGAAGAGGAGGAGGAAGAGAUGGGUGCCACGGAGAGGAAGAUUGGCUCUGUGUUGUGA